UGCUCCUUCGUAUCGACUGAUUAACCCCGAACACCAUCACCUCGAAAACCUCGUGUCUCAACUGGCCACUCUGAUUGUACUGAGAACAAUUGCGUGCUUGAUGUUCAAGUAAUCUAAGCUUUCUUCACUUCUUGAUCAAAACUUCGAAUUUCACAACGAUUUGAUCAAGAUAGGUAACUGGAAAUGGGUGCCGAACAUGAUCUUGUCGUGGUUGGAGCUGGCUGGUUUGGUCUCACUGCCGCAAAAUCUUACAUCGAACUUCAUCCCGGUGAAGAUGUUGUAGUCCUCGAUGGCUCGAGCUCUUUUGGCGGGACAUGGUCAGCCGACCGUCUCUACCCCGGGCUGAAGUCGAACAAUCUUUACGGGUCGUACGAAUACCCCGACUUUCCCAUGCUGGAAUCAGUAUAUGGCGUGAAAGAAGGCCAGCACAUCCCCGCCGCGGUGCUUCACCGCUAUCUGACCGACUUUGCGAAACACUUUGGCGUCUAUGAGCGAACGAGACUGAACACUAAGGUGGAGGAGAUCGAACCUAGCUCCACCGGUGGAUGGCUAGUAAAGGUGGUAAAUGCUAGUGGUGAACCAGAGACGGUCAGGACCAAGAGAUUGGUGCUUGCAUGCGGACUCACUUCGCAACCCAACAUCCCCGAGUACGAGGGAGCCGACACGUUCGAAUCACCCUUCUUCCACGCUAAAGAAUUCUGCAAGCGCUCAGACACGGUUGGUACAUCCAACACUGCUGUCGUAGUAGGAGGCGGCAAAUCUGCAAUGGACAUUGCAUAUGCUUUUGCGACCGAAGGCAACGCCACUGUAAACCUAAUCAUACGGCCAACAGGACAAGGCCCAGUAUGGCUCGCCCAGCCAUAUGCGACACCAUUCAAAAGGGACAUGCAGGAGCUUCUUCACACACGAGCAUUGACUUGGUUCAGCCCGUGUGCAUGGGGAGACGAGGACGGAUUCGCGAUACCGCGUGGCUUCCUCCACCGUACUGGCAUGGGAAGGCUGCUCACCGAUAACUAUUGGAACAACAUGUCAGCCGAGAUAAUUGAGACAAAUGGAUAUGACAGCCACCCCGAAGUCUUCAAAUUGAAACCAUGGAAUCCAGUAUUCUGGACCGGCAGCGGCCUCGGCAUCCACAACUUCGAGACCAACUUCUUCGAUCUAGUAAAAGAGGGUAAAGUACGCGUACACAUCGCGGACAUCUCCAAGCUCGACGGAAAAACCGUCCAUCUCACAGACGGCGAGCAAAUCCCCACCGACGUCCUCAUCUGCGCCACCGGCUGGAAAAAAGACGUGCCUUUUACCUUCUCAAAUCUGCCCCAAGGCGGCAUUGGUCUGGCACAAUCUGGUCAAGAAAAAGCCGAACUGAUCGAAAAAACCAACCGCGAGAUUCUCGAAAUGUUCCCAGGGCUCAAACACCAACCCGUCCUCCGCUACAAGCGCAAAGACGACGACCUCUACCGCAUGUACCGCUUCAUGGUGCCUCCCGCCCUGGUCAACCAACGAAACCUUGUAUUCGCAGGCAUGGUAUCGACCACCAGCACCGCACUCUUCGCUUCCACCCAAGGCCUCUGGAUCUCCGCCUUCUUCGACGGCAAGCUAGCACGUGUUGCCUCCACGGAACAAGAAAUCGCCGCAGAAGUCCUAAAGCACACGCAGUGGGGGAGAUACAGGUUUCCGUGCGGCUACGGGGACUCUAUCCCGGACUUUACGUUUGAGUCGAUGCCGUAUAUAGACAUGUUGUUGAAUGAUGUGGGCAUUGAGACGCAUCGCAAGAGGAAUCAGAUUGCGGAGAUUUUUGAGCCGUAUAAGCCGUGGGAUUACAAGGGGUUAGCGAAAGAAUAUUUGGAGCUCCGUGAGAGUAAGGGGGGUGAGGACAAGAAGGUUGUGUGAAGUUUUGGUCAUGCUGAUGAUUGAUGUGGGAAUUGAUGACUGGGUUUUUGACCUCUUGGUAUGGCAUUUGCGGCCGACUUGGGGCUUGUAGCGUUGUUUUCACCACGGUAGCGGCUACAGCUUUCGUUUCAAUGAGAAAAUUGAUAUGCAUCCAAUUAUAAGAAUGCGAAUCAUAGUG